GACAUUUUUGUAACUGUAAUGUUUCAGUAUCUUAUUUGAACUGAGGAACGGAAUGACUUUACUCCUGCAUGACUUCAUUACCCAAACAACACUUCGCCGACAUAAAACUCAUCACCGUAUUAUUGCGGAAGUGCUGAGGCAGGAUUACAACUAUAGCUCAGUGGAUUAUAAUCACAGAGUUUCUGAUUUCGGUUUUCACAGCUCCGUCGCUUCUGCAAAAUAUAGAUUGUCAUUUUGCUAUAUCUCUGAAUUCGAAAGAAACACGGGAUAUGGCAGCUUUAAAGUAUGCUGGUAUGGACGAUACAGACAGCGAGGAUGAGCUGCCCCCAGGAUGGGAAGAGAGAUCUACGAAGGAUGGAUGGGUUUACUAUGCGAAUCAUGAGGAAAUGAAGACUCAGUGGGAUCAUCCCAAAACAGGGAAGAAGAGACGCUGUGCUGGAGAUCUACCAUAUGGAUGGGAGCAGGAGAUGGAUGGCAAAGGACAAGUCUUCUAUGUGGAUCACAUUAACAAGAGGAAGACCUACUUUGACCCGCGGCAGGCGUUCACGGUGGAGGACGUGCUGGUGAAGCCGAAGCGUUACGACGGGAACACUGCAGCUCUGGAGAUCCUGCAGGGUCGUGACCUCUCAGACAGGGUGGUCCUCAUCACCGGGGGAAACUCUGGCAUCGGUUUUGAGACAGCCAAGUCGUUUGCCCUCCAUGGGGCCCAUGUGAUCCUGGCCUGUAGGAAUCUCUCCAAGGCCAUCAAGGCUGUCAGCCUCAUACAGCAGGAGUGGCACAAGGCCAGGUUGGAGGCCAUGAUGUUGGACCUGGCCUCUCUCCGCAGUGUCAGAGAGUUCGCUGACUCCUUCAAGACCAAGAAACUGCCGCUCCACAUCCUGAUAUGUAACGCAGCUGUGUGUACCCAGCCUUGGCGUCUGACGGAGGACGGUCUGGAGUCCACCUUCCAGAUCUGCCACCUAGGUCACUUCCUGUUGGUGCAGUGUCUACAGGAAGUGCUGCGACGCUCCGCCCCCGCCCGUGUGGUGGUGGUGUCCUCUGAGUCACACAGGUUUACAGACCUGCUGGACCAGUGUGGUAAGGUGGACCUGGCUGUGCUGUCUCCUCCUCAGAAGGACUACUGGUCCAUGCUGGCCUACAACCGUGCCAAGCUGUGUAACCUCCUGUUCUCUAACGAGCUCCACCGACGCCUCUCGCUCCACGGGGUCACCUGCAAUGCAGUGCACCCUGGGAACAUGAUGUACACAGCCAUCCAUCGUAGCUGGUGGCUGAUGACCCUGUUCUUCACCCUGGCUCGCCCCUUCACCAAGUCUAUGCAACAGGGGGCAGCCACCACGGUGUACUGUGCGGUAGCUCCGGAGCUGGAGGGUCUAGGAGGGAUGUACUUCAACAACUGUUUCCGCUGCCUGCCCUCCCCCCAGGCCGAGGACCAGGUCACUGCAGCCAGCCUGUGGGAGCUAAGCGAGCGCCUGGUCUCAGAGAGGCCUACGGGCCUACAGGCCCUCUGAUUGACACGCCCACACUGACUGUCAACAGCCUAUCAGGACUGGGGGAGAGAGGAAGGACUAGCCAAUCAGGAAUGGAGGGAGAGGGAGGAAGUGUGGAUGAAAAUGAAAAUUUGUACAUUGAGUGGACUGUAGAAAGCUUUCAAACCAUUGAACUGAAACUUUCACUUCACUAAGGGGAGUAAAAUACAUGUACAAAUACACCGGGGUUAUUGCGUGCCUCUUUGUGGCAGGGAGAGUUCACCAGUUCCUUAUUCCAGCCAAAGUGGGUCUGUGUUUCUCACUCCAGUGUGUUUCCAGCUGCAACACACUGUGUGUAUCUUCUCUCUGUAUCCAGUUUCCUCCUGUAUAUAUAUAUUUUACAUGUCUGAGUAUGGAGAUAUGGUGAGUAUCAUUGCGCUAGUGUAGGAGGGUUGAAGGGGGAUAGGAGAAAUAAGGAGGUAUAAUUGAAUGCCUAUGUACAUAUUAGAGCUAUGGUGUCAUGGCUAUAUACAGAUGGACUAGCUGUAUUCCAUAUGAGGCCCUAUUCAGUUCUACUGCCCAUUAUUUACAGGAACAGCAUUGGGCCUAUGUGCUAACGGGAACUCACGCGUCAUCACUUCUCCCCUCUACAGUGUCUGUCUACAGUUAGACCUCCAACCUACAUAUUAUAACUUAUAAUACUCUACAAAAUGUCAUGUACAAUGUGGUACUGUAUCUUUGUCACAAUGUUCAGUCACAAUUAUGUAUGUAGCUACUGGUGAUAGAGAAAGAGAGAAUCCAGGAGUUUUAGUAGUUGAUCAAACAGGAACUCAGUAUUUUCCUUGGAUGUUUAGUUUUGUUGUCAUUUGUUUCGGGGGAUAAUCUUGUCAUGAAAGUGUGCGGUGUUGGGUGACGGGUCCAUCUGGACGUCUGUACAGGGUCUGUUGCUUGGUUUCUGGGUGGUUUGGAGAUGUGUGGACGUUGUGCUUUGUGGCCGUCUGGUGCCGCGGAAUGAUGUUAAGAUAUCAGCAUUCCUCUGUCAUGGUUUCUGUAAAGGAAAAGAAGAGGACACAUUAAAGACGGUUUCUUACA